AUGCCGGGGUCUCCGCAGGGUUCGUCUCGGGUUCCGGGAAAUUCGGGGCGGGUCCUGUCAGCUUGGUAUCAGAGCUUAGGUUCAAUUUCUUGUGGACUCCGCACCUUGUGUGCAUCUUUAAGUUGUGGGAUCAUGAUGGGUUCCGUCACGAGACGUCAUCAUUUUGACGCGGAGGACUCUUUGACAGGAAUGGAUUUAGGGUAUUGA